GGCGGCGGCGGUGAGGGGGGGAGAGCGGGCUGCGCGGCCGCGGCUGCCGGGCGCUGGGCUGGGCGGCGCUUCUUCUUCUUCUUCUUCUUUUUUUUUUUUUUUUCGCAAUUUCCACUCGCGGGGAGCAGGAAACCCGGCUCAGCCGGGCGCAGCGGGCCGCGAUGCAGCAGCAGCAGCAGCGGCAGCAGCAGCAGGAAUCACCACGGGGCAGCAGCGGCAGCAGCAACAGAGGCAGCAGCGGGCGGCGCUGAGCCGCCGCGGCCGCCGCUACUGAGGAGAAAGCCGGCCCAAUCGUCGCCGCGUCCCGGCCCCCGCGCCCGGAUCCCCGCGCCCGGAUCCCGGCGCCCGACCCCCGCGCCCGCCUCCGCCAACUUUCACGCUGCCUCGGCGGCCCGGCCCGGCUCGACGCCAAUGGUGGAGGCCAUAGUGGAGUUUGACUACCAGGCCCAGCACGACGAUGAGCUGACGAUCAGCGUGGGUGAGAUCAUCACCAACAUCAGGAAGGAGGAUGGAGGCUGGUGGGAGGGACAGAUCAACGGCAGGAGAGGUUUGUUCCCUGACAACUUUGUAAGAGAAAUAAAGAAAGAAAUGAAGAAAGACCCUCUCUCCAGCAAAGCUCCAGAAAAACCCAUGCACGAAGUGUCCAGCGGAAAUGCUCUGCUAUCUUCUGAAACAAUUCUAAGAACCAAUAAGAGAGGCGAGCGACGGAGGCGCCGCUGCCAGGUGGCAUUCAGCUACCUGCCCCAGAAUGACGAUGAGCUUGAGCUGAAGGUUGGCGACAUCAUAGAGGUGGUAGGAGAGGUGGAAGAAGGAUGGUGGGAAGGCGUUCUCAAUGGAAAGACCGGGAUGUUUCCUUCCAAUUUCAUCAAGGAACUGUCGGGGGAGUCGGAUGACCUGGGCAUUUCUCAGGAUGAGCAGCUCUCCAAGUCAAGAAAGACUACCUUUGAAGGGACAAUUCUGUACCGAGCUGCACCGGGAAAGACGGAGGGCCACAGACGCUAUUACAGUUUAAGGGAAACCACAGGCUCGGAGAGUGACGGGGGUGACUCAAGCAGUACCAAAUCCGAAGGUGCCAACGGGACAGUCGCAACUGCAGCAAUCCAGCCGAAGAAAGUUAAGGGAGUGGGCUUUGGAGAUAUAUUCAAAGACAAACCAAUAAAACUAAGACCAAGGUCGAUUGAAGUAGAGAAUGACUUUCUACCGGUGGAGAAGACUAUUGGAAAGAAGUUACCUCCAGCUGCUGCAACUCCGGACCCGACAAAACCAGAAAUGGACAGCAGGACAAAGACCAAGGAUUACUGCAAAGUAAUAUUUCCAUAUGAGGCGCAGAAUGAUGAUGAAUUGACAAUCAAAGAAGGAGAUAUAGUGACUCUCAUCAAUAAGGACUGCAUCGAUGUGGGCUGGUGGGAAGGAGAGCUCAACGGCAGACGAGGAGUGUUCCCUGAUAACUUCGUGAAGCUGCUUCCACCUGACUUUGAAAAGGAGGGCAAUAGACCCAAGAAGCCGCCUCCUCCGUCCGCUCCUGUCAUCAAGCAAGGGGCAGGUACCACUGAGAGAAAACAUGAAAUUAAAAAGAUACCUCCUGAGAGACCAGAAACGCUUCCAAACAGAACAGAUGAGAAAGAAAGACCAGAGAGAGAGCCAAAACUGGAUUUACAGAAGCCCUCUGUUCCUGCCAUACCGCCCAAAAAGCCGCGGCCACCCAAGACCAAUUCUCUCAGCAGACCCGGUGCGCUGCCCCCCAGGAGGCCUGAACGACCAGUGGGUCCCCUGACCCACACCAGGGGUGACGGUCCAAAGAUUGACUUGGUGGGCAGUUCGAUUUCUGGCAUCCUGGACAAGGAUCUCUCGGAUCGCAGCAAUGACAUCGACUUAGAAGGUUUUGACUCUGUGGUAUCAUCUACUGAGAAACUCAGUCACCCAACCACAAGCAGACCAAAAGCCACGGGGAGGCGGCCUCCGUCCCAGUCCCUCACCUCCUCUUCCCUUUCAAGCCCUGAUAUCUUUGACUCCCCAAGUCCCGAAGAAGAUAAAGAGGAACACGUUUCGCUUGCACACAGAGGAGUGGAAGCAUCAAAGAAAACUUCAAAGACUGUUACCAUAUCCCAAGUGUCCGACAACAAAGCGUCCCUGCCGCCCAAGCCAGGGAGCAUGGCUGCAGGCGGCGCUGGUGGGCCAGCCCCUCUGUCCUCGGCGACAUCCGCCCCCCUGUCGUCCUCUUUGGGAACAGCCGGACACAGAGCCAACUCCCCGUCUCUGUUUGGCUCGGAAGGAAAACCAAAGAUGGAGCCCGCAGCCGGCAGUCAAGCGGCCGUGGAGGAGCUAAGGACGCAGGUCCGCGAGCUGAGGAGCAUCAUCGAGACCAUGAAGGACCAGCAGAAACGAGAGAUUAAGCAGUUACUGUCAGAGCUGGAUGAAGAGAAGAAAAUCCGUCUUCGGUUGCAGAUGGAAGUUAAUGACAUAAAGAAAACUCUUCAAUCAAAAUGAAUACUUGAUAAAUGAAAUAUCACAUUAUUCAUCCUGAGUCCAAGACUCAAAUUUUCCACCCCAGCCAAAAUAACCUUGUGCCAAAAGAUUAAAGGUUUGCCUCCAUGUGUCCCUGUUUGAAACGUUAGCACAGAAGUCUUGAUAGCACAACACAAAUCCCAUCUAAGAGGAGAUUCCUCCCCAUGGAAUAAUCCUGGGCAUGGCACUGGCUGUGACUUAGAGCAAAUUGUGCUAAAGGCUUUUUUACUAUGAGAUCUCAUGCGAAAUGAAAACUCAGGCAGUUUAGUCCAUAGUGGUACUAUUUUGAUGAUAUUUUCCAUUAAUAAAAUGUAAUUUCAGAUUAUUCGUUUACAAGCUUUAUAAUUUUAUGAUUUUUUUAAUCGUGUUUUGUCACAGAUUCUCCCAGUGUCUGUAUCACACAUAGUCCAGAGCGAGUGCCCCAUUCUUUUGCUUCAGGCAGGAAGCUGCCUCGCUUUGUGUGCCCUCUAGGAUUCUAUUACAUAUGCAAUUGUAGGACCGACCCGUCCUUCCCCUGCCAGCCAAGCCCGCCACCCUGAGAUAAAUUUUAGCUUAUAUAUGAUGGUAUAUUUACAAAAAAGAGAAAGAGAAAACCUGGUAUUUGCAAUGAUCUGUGCCUUCUUUUUACCACCCUCUUGAUUGGAGCUUUUGUGAUGCAGCUACCAUGAUUCAAAAAAACAAAACAAAACAAAACAAAAAAACUAAAAAACUAAAAAACUAAAAAAACACAAAAACACAAAAAUACAAGAAAAAAAAACACUUUUUUUUUUAAAGCCACUUCUCAAAGUCCACUAGAGGCCACGUCUUCAAAGCUUCUCUCACCUAGCCAAAGGUCCCAAGAGGAGACAGCUGUGAAGUUGGGCACGCUCUGUGGUACCUGCUGUGACGUUUAAGUUCUCCUAGUUGUAGGUUGUUCAUGGAACUAGAAAUGUCACCCCUGCUUGAUUUUUCAUCAGCCAAGUUAAACCCCUGCUUCCUGUCUUUUGCACCUUUUGCGUGAACAGAAUAUGCAUUAUGAAAGCAAAAAUAAAUAAACAUAAAAUGCAAUGAAAACAA